GAGAUUAUUUUGUGGUGACCGGGGGGGGGGCUGGGGCUUGUAUUCCCACUUUAUUCAUGUCUGUUGAGGGUUGUAGUCCUGCCUGUGGCGCCCGGUGCACUCUGCCGUCAGGUGGCAGUGACCGGGUGAUGGGAUCAGCAGCGCAGACAGGUGGCCGCACACACCCUAAUCCGGGAGGCUGAGCUCCUAACCCCUUGUGUGCCGGCCACAGCGGGCGUGUCCCUGAGGAGAAGAAUGCGGCCGGAUAACUCCCUCCACCCAAGAGUCACCGCAUUAUAGACAGAGACCGGCACAAGGCAGCGAUGGCAGGACCCCGGCCCGUGGUGCUGAGCGGCCCCUCCGGCGCAGGCAAGAGCACGCUCCUGAAGAGACUGCUGCAGGACUACGAGGGCGUCUUCGGCUUCUCCGUGUCCCACACCACGAGGAACCCGAGACCCGGAGAGGCCGACGGGAAAGAUUACCACUUUGUGACGCGGGAGGAGAUGCAGCGCGGGAUUGACCGCGGGGACUUCAUAGAACACGCCGUCUUCACAGGGAACAUGUACGGGACCAGUAAGGCGGCGGUGCAGGCGGUGCAGGCCAAGAACCAGAUCUGCGUCCUGGACAUCGACAUGCAGGGAGUGAAGAACAUCAAGAAGACCGACCUGAGCCCCAUCUACAUCUCCGUGCACCCCCCGUCCGUCCAGACCCUGGAGCAGAGGCUGCGGGACCGCAACACCGAGUCCGAGGAGAGUUUGCAGAAGAGGCUGCAGGCGGCCAUAAACGACAUAGAGAUAAGUAAGGAGCCCGGCCUCUUUGAUGAGAUCAUUAUUAACGAUGACCUGGAAGACGCCUACGCCAAACUGAAGGGCGCCCUGAAGGAGGAGAUUGCCUCAGUCCAGACCUCCAGGGAUUCCUGAUCGGACCCUCCAUUGUCAUCCGCAGCCAUUCCUGGUCUACCCCUGACCACUCCAUGUUCCGUUCCUGCAGCUCGUCUGAUUGUUGUAGACUAAUAAACCCUUCCCCCGCCUGGUGUCCCUGUGACUGUUCAGUGGGGUCUGCGCUCGUGGUCCGGGGUGACGUUCCGAUUCCCACCAUCCCGUGUCUUGUGUCCGGUGGCAGCUCAGAUGUUAUGAGGCUCAUGCACCUUGUGCUCUUGACCCAAAUCCAGUCACUUCCAGGGGGUGUGGCCUGCACUGAGGGGCGUGGUCUAGCAGUCAGUGAAUCUCCAGUUUUUUUUUCUUAGAAAGUAUAUGGUGAUGGUUUAGGCUCCACCCACCACAAGGCUCCUCCCUCCAUUUAUAAAACAUUGGUCCUGGACUUUCCUCCACAUCCACUCAUCGCCGGACGCCGCUUUCCGGAUCUUCCUUUUUGUCUUCUGAUUGGUCGCUGCUGCAGAACACGGGUCUUUAUAAUAUUUUUUUUUUUACCUCAGAACACGUCAGGUCCUUUUAAUUGUGAAAUUACAUGUAAUAAAAUGUGGCGUCUGC